AUGUUCGCGAAGGCUUCGGUCGGCGUCACGUGCUGGCUGGCGCUCGCCGCCGGCGUGGCGGCUGCCCCCGGCAGCUUCCGCGGCUCUCCAGGCCGCGAUCGCGCGGUGGCCCUGGAGGAGAUCCAGGCGAGCUUGCAGGAGGCCCUGGAGGCCGUGCUGAGCUCGGAAGGCGCCGCCAAGCGCAGUGCCCACAUCGAGGCGCGCGUCUGGCAGACCUUCCAGUCCUUGCCCAAGAACGACGUCGGCCGCCUGGCGCCCAAGGCCGUUCGGUACCUGGUGCACAGCUACUUCAUGAAGGAGCACGGCUGGCUCAUCCAGGGCCUGGACCCCCACGCCAACCAGGCGGAGGUCUCUGAGGUCCACGAGGUGAGCAUCCUCCAGGACAAGGCGCCCUUGCUGGUGGAGUCCUUGCUGGAGGCGCGGCGCUCCAACCACGGCCUCUCCCUCAGCGACGUGGUGGCCAUGGUCGGCGCCCUGGAGCGGCUCAUCUUCGACGAGUCCCUGGCGCUCCUCCAGGCCUCCUACGCCUUCAACGGCCUCAGCGCCGCCGAGCCCAUCCCGCAGCGCAGCGCCCACGAGGUGCUCACCUCCUACCUGCUACUCUUUCAGCUCGGCAGCAAAGCUAACCUCACCGACACCCGCCUACACCAUGCCCUGAAGGUCCUCCAGGACUUCGAGCGUGACACGAUGCUGAACUACAACUUCGACAUGUUCAGGAUUGUGGAAGAGUUGGCGCAUGGGUAUGGCAAGUGGCAGAACACAGAGUGCAUGCAAAUGAAGGGGGAGCUUAUGGAGCUUGACAUGGACGGGGACGGGCGCAUCCCCUUGAAUCACUUCUACAGGCAGCAGGACAAUACCAAGUUCAGCGAGUCGGUGCAGUACCUGCAGGAGAUCGGGGCCCUGGACGAGAGCGGCCGGGAGAAGAAGGUGCGGAUUGCCAACUACUUGCAGGGCCCCUCCAACUGCAUCGCCUCGUCCUCCUACUACUCCAUCUGCUGCCUCAGCGAGUGCGAGGGCCUCUUGAACGAGCUGGAAGCCAAGGUGCAGGCUCCGACGGCGGAGCCCGCGCAGCUCCUGGACUUGGUGGGGCACAUCUCCUCCGCCACCGUGGACGCACCCCGCGAGCUCCCGGGGGGCUUGGUGCGCCGGCUGCAGGACAUCGCGGACCACAACGAGGGGCAGGUGCCUCUUCACGGCCGGCUCUUCGCCGAGUGGCUGCACUACGCCUUCCCACACGAGUGCCCCUAUCCCAAGGUCUUCCAGGAGGCCAAGGCCUUGACACCCCAGUUCUGGGCUCAGAAGAAGAUGUCCGUGGAUGCGGAGGAGCGGCUGGAGAUUGCCUCCACCGCCAUGCUCCAGCCCGAGAACGCCACGCAGGCCACGCCGGGGGGCGAGGCCGAGAUCGCGUGGAGCAGCGAGGAGCUCCUGCACGCCCACGAGGCACCCGCGCGGAAGCGGGGCAGCGCGCGCGUGGCCCUGCGCUGCGUCAUGCAGCUGGCGCUGCUCCUCGGCGUGCUCCGCGCGGCUGCCGGCAGCUGGCAGACGCUCCGCAGCAUGGCCGGAUUCGGGGACAAGGCGGCCAAGGCGGCGCUGCCCUUCUGA